AUGUGUGUAUGUGUAUGUGUGUAUGUGUAUGUGUGUGUGUGUGUGCGUGCAUGUGUGUGUAUGUGUGUGUUCUGUAUUGAUAUUGAAUAA